ACCCGUAACAACCACUCGAGCCCUCGCCGCGCCCCUCGGCCCUCCCGCCCCGGCCCCUGUCCCCGGAACCGGCGGUCGAGCGGCGGCAGCCGAGCCUGUGGCACGGCUCUCUCUUCGGGGAGCCGCCGGCAUGAACGCAUCCCGCCACCGCGCCGCGUCCCCGACCCGGUCCUUCUGACAAGAGGAGUAAGAAGACUGCUAUUGAAUUACAACCAUGGUGCAAAAAUACCAGUCCCCAGUGCGGGUGUAUAAACAUCCCUUUGAGUUAAUUAUGGCUGCCUAUGAGAGGAGGUUUCCUACAUGUCCUCUGAUUCCAAUGUUCGUGGACAGUGACACUGUGAGCGAGUUCAAGAGUGAGGAUGGGGCUCUUCAUGUCAUCGAGAGGCGCUGCAAGCUGGAUAUAGAUGCGCCCAGGCUGUUGAAGAAGAUCGCAGGAGUCGAUUACGUUUAUUUUGUCCAGAAAAACUCCCUGAAUUCUCGAGAUCGCACUUUGCACAUCGAGGCCCACAAUGAGACAUUUUCUAACCGGGUCAUCAUCCACGAACACUGCUGUUACACGGUUCACCCUGAGAAUGAAGACUGGACCUGUUUCGAACAGUCUGCAAGUUUAGAUAUCAAAUCCUUCUUUGGUUUUGAAAGUACAGUGGAAAAAAUUGCCAUGAAACAUUAUACAAGCAACAUUAAAAAAGGGAAGGAGAUCAUUGAAUACUACCUACGGCAGCUGGAGGAGGAAGGCAUCACCUUCGUGCCCCGCUGGACCCCACCCCCCGUGGGACCCUCAGAAACAUGUUCAUCAAGCAAGAAUCAAGUCACAUCUGCAGCUGUCCUUGUCCCAGAUGCUGCUGCCGUCAUGGAGGGGCUGAGUGGGGAAAACCUCAGUAGCCCAGGAACAGCGUCUGAGCCCGUGGUGGGAACCCCUGACGAUAAAUUAGAUGCCGACUACAUCAAGAGAUACUUGGGUGACCUGACUCCCCUCCAAGAGAGCUGCCUCAUUCGACUGCGCCAGUGGCUCCAGGAGACACACAAGGGCAAGAUCCCAAAGGACGAGCAUAUCCUUCGGUUCCUGCGUGCCCGGGAUUUUAAUAUUGACAAGGCCAGAGAGAUCAUGUGCCAGUCUCUAACCUGGCGGAAGCAGCACCAGGUGGAUUACAUCCUGGACACUUGGACUCCGCCCCAGGUCCUUCUGGACUACUACGCUGGGGGCUGGCAUCACCAUGACAAAGAUGGACGGCCGCUGUAUGUGCUUAGGCUGGGCCAGAUGGACACCAAAGGCUUGGUGCGAGCUCUCGGAGAGGAGGCCCUACUGCGAUACGUUCUUUCCAUAAACGAAGAAGGCCUGAGACGAUGCGAGGAAAACACCAAGGUCUUCGGCCGGCCAAUCAGCUCGUGGACCUGCUUGGUGGACCUUGAAGGACUGAACAUGCGCCAUCUGUGGAGACCAGGGGUCAAAGCCUUGCUGCGCAUCAUCGAGGUGGUGGAGGCCAACUACCCGGAGACGCUGGGCCGCCUCCUCAUCCUCCGAGCCCCCAGGGUCUUCCCUGUCCUCUGGACGCUGGUUAGUCCAUUUAUUGAUGACAACACCAGAAGGAAGUUCCUCAUUUAUGCAGGAAAUGACUACCAGGGCCCAGGAGGCCUGCUGGAUUACAUCGAUAAAGAGAUUAUUCCCGAUUUCCUGAGUGGGGAGUGCAUGUGUGACGUGCCAGAGGGUGGAUUGGUCCCCAAAUCCUUGUACAGGACUGCAGAGGAGCUGGAAAAUGAAGACCUGAAGCUCUGGACGGAGACCAUCUACCAGUCUGCCAGCGUGUUCAAAGGAGCUCCACAUGAGAUUCUCAUUCAGAUUGUGGACGCCUCCUCAGUGAUCACCUGGGAUUUUGAUGUGUGCAAAGGGGACAUCGUCUUUAACAUUUAUCACUCCAAGAGGUCUCCCCAGCCACCCAAGAAGGACUCGCUAGGGGCUCACAGCAUCACUUCCCCAGGAGGCAACAACGUGCAGCUGAUAGACAAAGUCUGGCAGCUGGGCCGGGACUAUAGCAUGGUGGAGUCUCCUCUAAUCUGCAAAGAAGGAGAGAGCGUGCAGGGGUCCCAUGUGACCAGGUGGCCAGGCUUCUACAUCCUACAGUGGAAAUUCCACACCAUGCCAGCAUGUGCUGCCACCAACCUACCCCGAGUGGACGACGUGCUGGCCUCCCUGCAGGUCUCCUCCCACAAGUGCAAAGUCAUGUACUACACAGAAGUGAUCGGCUCUGAAGAUUUCAGAGGCUCCAUGACCAGCCUGGAAUCUAGCCACAGCGGGUUCUCACAGCUCAGUGCCGCCACCACCUCCUCCAGCCAGUCGCAAUCCAGCUCCAUGAUUUCCAGGUAGUGCCGCGAAGCCUGCGCCUGCGCGGAGGGCGGGCGCCCCGGCUGCUGUGCUCCGCCCACCCCAGGAUGUGCAGACUCCGCCCACCCCUGGAUGUGCAGACUCCUCCCUCUAGAUAGCAGCUAGAUCUGCAGAUGGUCACUAGUCACCUGGUCCCCAGACCAUCCUGAGAGGUAGUUUUAACUCUACCCCUAACUUUAACUCAAUAGCCAUAGAUUUUGUAUACAGCGUGCACAAAAUCAAACCAGAGCACAAGGGCUCUCGAAAGAAAAGUAGUUUAUCUACAGUAAGAGACUGACUGGUCUCAGUUGUCGAUGCAAAAAAUGUUACCAACAAACUCCACCUUGUCCACUAGUGAAUGACUUGUGUGACACCCUGCAGAGACUCGCCACCUCCUCCUCCACGGAACCGAAGCUGCAGCAGGCAGCCCUUAAGCUGCAGCGGAGUCCUCUCGGCUCCCUGUUAGUGGAGGUGGCCUGUGGAUCCAGAACAGCUCUUGAGGUCCCUUUCCGCUAAGGACUUGGCAGCCUGAGGAGCACCCAGUGCUGGGUCAGAGCCAGCCUGAUCCCGAGCAGACACUGCAGCCCAGGAGGGGCUGCCAGGGCUCCUCGUGAAUCCUGACAACACCGCCAUCAUUAAACAUUGCUUUCUCUUUCCUCCUCUUCAAAUCUUUUGAUAUUUUUCAGAGCAAAAUUUUUCUGUCCGUGAACUUGGUGGAGGGGAUGGGGAGGAUUCUUUCCCUCUGCUGAGUGCUGCCUUUCCUUCUGCAGGAGGCGGCUCUGUGCCCGUAGCACCCAGGGUCCUCAGUCCUCUCAGAACCCAGGGUCCUCAGUCCUCCCAAAACCCAGGGUUCUCAGCCCUUAGCACCCAGGGUACUCAGUCCUCCCAAAACCCAGGGUUCUCAGCCCUUAGCACCCAGGGUACUCAGUCCUCCCAGCAGCACCCAGAGUCCUCAGUCUUCCUAGCACCCAGGAUCCUCAGUCCUAGCACCCAGGGUCCUCAGCUCUCAGCAGGGUGUUUGGAAGCAGUAGGUCACACUUGCCUUUAGAAGUGUGGCAGUGCAAACUCUAGCAAUGCUCUCCAGGGGGGUGCAUGGCUUGCAGUGGCCUUCGGCAUGUGGGUGGAUGCUGGGUAUGUGUGUAGGUGUUGUGUGUGUGCAUGAGGGAGUGGGGUGUAGCUGGGGAGGGGCUGCAGAUCUGCACUUGUUCUUCUGCGUUUCAUAGAAGCAGGUCAGAGGCUGGGGCUAGUUUGCCUUUUUUCUUCUUUCUUUUUUUUCCCCUGAUCUUGACUCCCCAGAGCCUGCUGUUGGAGCAGAUCCUUGCUUUACGGCUUUUAUGGGGAAAGCAUGCUUCUUAGCGAACUGUCUAGAAGUUGCAGGUGGCUGAUCUCCAGAGGAGGGGGGCCCAGGAUCUACUUGUGUGUGUGUGGUAACAGUGUCUAAAGAUGUGUGCCAAAUCCGAGUGGCCAUGAGAGUGUAUGGCGGGAGUGGAUGCCUGUGUAGACGCUGCUCUGAGGCUCUGGGUGGCUGGCUGUGCGGUGAGAGCUAUGGAGAGGCUGUGGCAUGUCAGCAAGCAUGAGGAGAGCCGACACAGCAGCCUGGCUUGGCCGAUGAGCCCCCUGGCUCCUGGCACCCUGAGCCGUGCUUGAGCCUCUGUUUGGUGGCCUUUCUGGCCCACUGCCAUGCCUUUCCUGUCUGUGGGAGCGCUUGUACACAGCACAGCAGGGCUGUAGCUACCGCGUCCAUGCUGCUUCCAGUCAGGGCUUCCCAGCUCCGAGUGAAAGGACCUGAAGAUGCCCCUGCUCUUUCUCUCUUCUCUCUCCCUUCCCCUCUCCCUUUCUCCAUGUCCCAGAUGGCGAUUUUGCUGACAUCCUCCAAGAAAGCGCUUCACUCGACAGCCCACAUGUGCCCAGAGAUGUUUGUAGACCUAUCUGAGUCGCAGCCAUGUCCCAGGCUGAAGAGCUGUUCCCCUUAAGUCCAUGCCGAAGAGGCACUGUUGAACCCCCCAGAGCUGAGAGCAUCUUUAAGAGCUCAAAGCACACAACUGCACACUCACAGGCCCUCAGCUUCCCCGAGCCACAGGGCACUGGCUGCCCUGUAAGGGGAGGCUGGCUACGAGGUGACCGUGUGGCUCGCACACGGGGCUGCUCCUCCCAGUGCCCAGCACCUCCUAAAAUGCUGCUCCCUCCACUCUGGGCUCUCCCUGUUUCUAGUGUCUUAACCCAUUCUCCUUCCUGAAUCCAUUCUUUGCAUAUCAGAUUCUGUAAAUGUUUUGUAAACAUAUUACCUCACUCUUGGUAAUACAAUACUGAUAGUCUUUAAAAGAUUUUUUUAUUGUUACAAUAAUAAAUGUGAACUGUUUAAGAA